AUGCCUGCCGACCCAGUCAAUUCAGUUGAUCUGGAUGAUGAACUUUAUGAAUCGGCCGAAGAUGAAGACUUCCAGCUAGAUGGAGCCCAGGAUGACUCCGAUCUGUCCGACUCCGACAACGAGACCGCCGAGACCGCCGAACCCGCUAAGAAGAAGCGCAAGACCGAUAAGAAAGCCGAGAUUCCGGAAGACGAGCUAGAUUCAGGCGAUGAAGUCACAAUUAACAAGGCGCGCGAGAAACGAAGGAAGAGGAAGGGGAAGAAGGGCAAAGACGAUGAAGAUGACUUCGAUCUGGACGAUGACGAAGGGGGAGCCGGCGGUUUCGUGCGAACGCGCGCGAUGAAGGCGCAAAUACAUGAAGAGCAGCGCAAACCGCUGGCGAAAAUCGAUGGCGCGACUAUCGACGUGGACUCCCUCUGGGAGCAGAUGAACGCCCCCGAAGCUCAAAUGGGUCUCACGCCAUUGCAGACGCAGACGCAGGCGCAGGCGCAGGCGCAGCAAGAAAAUGCCCCGGCUCCAGAACCCGCGAAAACGAACACCAAGGACCCAAGUCCCCCCAAACCGGACGAUAAUGCGCGCCAUGGCCAGUACGAGCAGCAGAUGGUCAAGAUUAAGCGCACCUACAAAUUCGCCGGCGAGAUGAUCACCGAAGAGAAGACCGUUCCCAAAGACUCCGCUGAAGCUAAGGCGUUUUUAUCAUCGGGGGAGAACGUCGAGCUCACCGAAGUGGACGGUGUCCCAAGCCGCUACCUGCGUCGACCGCUGCGCAAGAUCUCCCGAUUCGAUCCCAACCCGACCGGCACAAUCAAAAAGAGCUGGGAGAAGCAGGUUGUGGAGGGCGAUAAGGAAGCAAGCGGGCCCAAGAUCAAUACGGUGGAGAAAUCCCGUCUCGACUGGGCACAAUAUGUGGACGAGGCCGGUAUCAAAGACGAACUUCGCACCGCUUCCAAGGCAAAGGAGGGAUAUAUUGGCCGUAUGGAUUUCCUGGGUCGCGUGGACGCAAAGAGAGACGAAGAGGCACGCCAGGCACGGCUCAAGGGCAUAUGA